UAUUUAAUCAGCUAGAUAUUACUCUUAACUUGCCAUGAACCACUGUGAUAAAAUUCAGGGUCUUAUUGGAGACAUUUGUAAGUUGAAUCUAUUUUGUUGCUUCACAUAUGUGAGUGUGUAUGUACAGUUGAAGUCAGAAGUUUACAGACACUUUAGCCAAAUGCAUAUAAACUUGUUUUUUUUUUUUUUUCACAAUUCCUGACAUUUAAUCAUAGAAAACAUUACCAUGACUUUGUUCUUAAGCCAUUUUGCCACAACUUUGGAGGUAUGCUUGGGGUCAUUGUCCAUUUGGAAGACCCAUUUGUGACCGAACUUUAACUUCAUGGCAGAUGUCUUGAUGUUGCUUCAGUAUAUCCACGUAAUUUUCCUUCCUCAUGAUGCCAUCUAUUUUUUUUGAAGUGCACCAGUCCCUCCUGCAGCAAAGCACCCCCACAACAUGAUGCUGCCACCCCCAUGCUUCACGGUUGGGUUGGUGUUCUUCGGCUUGCAAUCUGCACCAUUUUUGCUCCAAACAUAACGAUGGUCAUUAUGGCCAAACAGUUCAAUUUUUGUUUCAACAGACCAGAUGACAUUUCUCCAAAAAGAUCUUUGUCACCAUGUGCACUUGCAAACUGUAGUCUGGCUUUUUUAUGGUGGUUUUGGAGCAGUGGAUUCUUCCUUGCUGAGCAGCUUUUAAGGUUAUGUCGAUAUAGGACUCAUUUUACUGUGGAUAUAGAUACUUGCCUACCUGUUUCCUCCAGCAUCUUCACAAGGUCCUUUGCAGCUGUUCUGUGAUUGAUUUGCACUUCACACCAAACUACGUUCAUCUCUGGGAUAAUGCAUCUCCUUCCUGAGCGGUAUGAUGGCUGCGUGGUCCCAUGGUGUUUAUACUUGCAUACUGUUGUUUGUACAGAUGAAUAUGGUACCUUUCAGGCAUUUGGAAAUUGCUCCCAAGGAUGAACCAGACUUGUGGAGGUCCACAAUUUUUUUUCUGAGGUCUUGGCUGAUUUCUUUUGAUUUUCCCAUGAUGUCAAGCAAAGAGGCACUGAGUUUGAAGGUAGGCCUCAAAAUACAUCCACAGGUACACCUCCAGUUGACUCCAAAUAGCCUAUCGGAAGCUAAUUGCCUAAAGGCAUAAUGACAUCAAUUUCUGGAAUUUUCAAAGCUGCUUAAAGGCACAGUUAACUAAGUAUAUGUAAACAAUUGUUGGAAAAAUUACUCAUGUCAUGCACAAAGUAAAUUUCUUAAAAGACUUGCCAAAACUACGGUUUGCUAAUAUGAAAUCUGUGGAGGGGUUAAAAAAAUGAGUUUUAAUGAAUCCAACUGUAUACAUGUAUAUAAUUGAACUCAAAUCCUUAUCCAGUAAUUAUGAAGUAUUGGAGAUACUUGUAUAUAAGUUGCAUCAAUUCAAAUGUUUGGUACUGGACAUACAAACAUAAUUAUACAGAUAUAUUAUUGAUAAAUGUUUAUCCUGAAUCAUGAAUAACUGGAAAGGUAAUUUAAAUUUUUUUGGACAAAAUGGGUGGGAACCCUGAACAUAAACUCAGCAAAAAAGAAAUGUCCCUUUUUUGGGACACUGUAUUUUAAAGAGAAUUUUGUAAAAAUCCAAAUAACUUUACAGAUCUUUAAUAUAAAUGGUUUAAACAAUGUUUUCCAUGCUUGUUCAAUGAACCAUAAACAAUUAAUGAACAUGCACCAGUGGAACGGUCGUUAAGACACAAACAGCUUACAGACGGUAGGCAGUUAAGGUCACAGUUAAAAAAACUUAGGACACUAAAGAGACCUUUCUACUGACUCUGAAAAACACCAAAAGAAAGAUGCCCAGGGUCCCAGCUCAUCUGUGUGAACGUGCCUUAGGCAUGCUGCAUGGAGGCACGAGGACUGCAGAUGUGGCCAGGGCAAUAAAUUGCAAUGUCCGUACAGUGAGACGCCUAAGACAGCGCUACAGGGAGACAGGAAGGACAGCUGAUCAUCCUCGCAGUGGCAGACCACGUGUAACAACACCUGCACAGGAUCAGUAAAUCCGAAUAUAACACCUGCGGGACAGGUACAGGAUGGCAACAACAACUGCCCGAGUUACAACAGCAACACAAAAUCCCUCCAUCAGUGCUCAGACUGUCCGCAAUACGCUGAGAGAGGCUGGACCGAGGGCUUGUAGGCCUGUUGUAAGGCAGGUCCUUACCAGACAUUACCGGCAACAACGUUGCCUAUGGGCUCUAUUGUCUCACCAGGGGUGAUGGUCAGACUCACGUUUAUCAUCAAAAGAAUGAGCGUACACCAAGGCGUGUACUCUGGAACGGGACCGAUUUGGAGGUGGAGGGUCCAUCAUGGUCUGGGAUGAUGUGUCACAGCAUCAUCGGACUGAGCUUGUUGUCAUUGCAGGCAAUCUCAAUGCUGUGCAUUACAGGGAAGACAUCCUCCUCCUUCAUGUGGUACCCUUCCUGCAGGCUCUUCCUGACAUGACCCUCCAGCAUGACAAUGCCACCCAGCCAUACUGCUCGUUCUGUGCGUGAUUUCCUGCAAGACAGGAAUGUCAGUGUUCUGCCAUGGCCAGCAAAGAGCCCGAUCUCAGUCCCAUUGAGCACAUCUGGGACCUGUUGGAUCGGAGGGUGAGGGCUAGGGCCAUUCCCCCCAGAAAUGUCCAGGAACUUGCAAGUGCCUUGGUGGAAGAGUGGGGUAACAUCUCACAGCAAGAACUAGCAAAUCUGGUGCAGUCCAUGAGGAGGAGAUGCACUGAAGUACUUAAUGCAGCUGGUGGCCACACCAGAUACUGACUGUUACAUUUGAUUGACACCCCAUUUGUUCAGGGACACAUUAUUCCAUUUCUGUUAGUCACAUGUCUGUGAAACAGUUUAUGUCUUAGUUGUCGAAUCUUUAUGUUCAUACAACAAUUUACACGUUUGCUGAAAAAAGCAGCUGAAAGUUAGAGGAUGUUUAUUUUUUUUGCUGAGAUUGUUUUUUGUACAUCUAAAAGCUUAUAUUUUUAUAUCCUAAAAACAUUUUCUGUAGAUAAUUUAUCUAUUUUUGAACUGUAUGUCAUUUAAAAAAAAAAAAAAACAGUAGGGAACAAUGUUAAAGAAAUCACCCAAUAAUAAAAAUCCUCUCAUCAUUUACUUACCCUCAUGCCAUCCCACAUGUGUAUGAUUGGCUUUCUUUUCCUGAGCAUAAAGAGUUUUAGAAGAAUAUUUCAGCUCUGUAGGUCCUCACAAUACAAGUGAAAGGUAACCAAAACUUUGAAGCUCCAAAAAGGACAUAAAUGCAGCAUAAAAGCAAUACAAACAACUCCAGUGGUUAAAUCUAUAUCUUCAGAAGUGAUAUGGUCGGUGUGGGUGAGAAACAGAUCAAUAUUUAAGUCGUUAUUUAGAUUCUCCUCCCUCCCCCAGUAGGUGGCAAUAUGCAUGAAGAAGGUGAAUCACCAAAAACAAAAGAAGAAGAAUGUGAAAGUGGAGAUUGAUAGUAAAAAAAAAAAAAAAAAGACUUAAAUAUUUAUGAUUGAUCUGUUUCUUACCCACACUUAUAUCGCUUCUGAAGAUAUGGAUUACUUUUAUACUGCUGUAUAAAACAGCUGAAAUAUCUUUGUUCAGCAGAAUAAAGAAAGUCAUCCACAUCUUGGAUGGCAUGAGGGUGAGUAAAUGAUUAAAUAGUUUUCAUUUUGGGUGAACUAUUCCUUUAAGUUAUCUUGGCCAAGCCGCUUUCUGAUUCAGAGUCACGAGACAAAUUCGUCUUGUCGAAAUGCAACUGGAAAAUAGGCUAACCAAUCAAAAGUUAGCAUACAUUACGUAAACGGUCAAGCUUAUCACUGAUUGGCUCUCGGUUACCAUGGCAACACAGUCACGGAUAAUCAUGGAGGAAUUAGCCAGAGAUUGAACUAGCAGCGCUAUUAUGGCCAAAUACAAUAAAUAAUCGUAAACAAUUAACGAUUCUGCUCUUUUGAUAAAUAUUUUUUACCAUCAUAAAAGCUAAUUUCUAGUCGUCGAAUAUAAACAAUCCUUUAAUAAGCCGAAAUGCCUUAUUAAAGCCGUUUACUUUAUAAAAAAUAAUUUGCUAGCUACCUUUAGCUGACGGUAACGUAUAUGCAAGAUCCAUAUUUUUUAAGAUGACAGUAUCUAUAAACAAAGAAUUUUGUCCUUUUGUGCUUCAGAUAAAUAUUUAAUGUAGUUAACAUUUAUUUGAAUUAAACAUGUUUACGGAUGAAACGCUUGACCUAACUGGUGCUGAAUCAACAUGGAGAAAAUCACAUCACCAAACACAAGAAUCUAGAAGCUGCCAAACAGUUCCAGUUCACACAACAGAGGCUGAAAUACAAGCCAAAAAUGUUUUAAACAACACUACCCAGACAGAUGCACAAGACCAGAUGAGCCAAACCCUCUCUUUAGAUCAAGAUCUGUCUGGUUUUCCUGGUUUACUGGACUUCUUGUGUAGAGUUGAGGAUGUGGUGAUCAGAGAGCUUGUGAAAAACUCCAAAAGUCAUGCUUUUGAUGGCUUUGAAGUAAACUGGGAGGAUCAGAAUGAGACGGUGUCAUGCUUGUACCGCCUUCAGCAUCCUGAUGCUCAGGAGAGGGGUCUGCAGGUCACCAGCGUGUCCUGGAACUGCACUGGCUCAGUCAUAGCUUGUGGAUUUGGCCGUGUGGAUGAUGGUGAUUGGAGCAAUGAGAAGUCUUACGUGUGCACAUGGAACCUGGACCGCCGGAAUGUGAACCCAAAGCGGCCUAAUGUGAUCAUAGACGUUACCACGCCUGUCAUGUGUCUGUGCUUCCAUCCCAUGCGGCCAUCUGUAGUUGCUGGAGGGCUGUACAGUGGUGAGGUGGUGGUCUGGGACAACAGUCGCGUGCAGGACCCCAUUUUGGCUCAGACUGGAAUGUCAGCAGACACUCACCGUGAACCAGUUUAUCAGGUAAACUGGAUUCCAGGAGCCCGCAGAGGGGAGUUUUCUUUGUUGAGCGCAGGCUCAGGAGGGAGAGUACUGUUGUGGACUGUUGAUGGAGCCGAAGCCAAACUUACCUUAAAUUCUGGAUUUGCCCUUGUGAGACAACAAUUGCCACAAAGUGGAGCAUCAAGCAAGACCAGAGGCAGCAACACUAUAGGAGUAACCUCACUUGCGCUUUCCCCGUGGGACGUCGACACAUUUUUAGUGGGCUCAGAAGGGGGUCUGGUGCUCAAAUGCUCCUUUAGCAGCGAGACUGUGGCAGCAGUGCCCCCUGAUGGUGAGAGUGUGACAUUACGUGCCCCAGCGCAAUUCUCUUUCUCACCACGAGGGGGCCCUAUACACUCAGUCCACUUCUCACCCUUUCAUAGGAACCUGUUUGUUAGUGUUGGGACAGAUGGCUUGGCGCACCUCCACAGUGUACUGCAGCCACGUCCCCUGUUGUCUCUACGGAUCUCUGAAUCAUAUGCUUUUGGGGUGAGAUGGUCACCAACACGCCCUCUCGUCUUUGCUACUGUCACAGGACAAGGUUUGGUGCAAAUGUUUGAUUUGGGUCGAAGGUCCUUAAGGCCAGCAGCCACAAUUGACCAGAACACUGGAGGUCAGCCAGCUUACUGCCUGGAGUUCAACCCUAAACAUACAAACCUGUUGGCAGUGGGCAACGCAGAUGGCACAGUCAACAUCUGGGAGCUUAGUGCGGAGUUAACAGAACAAGGUGCCAAGGAGACGGCAAUGCUGGAACAACUGGCCAAUGAAGUGGCUGAUUGAAACUCGAGUUUUCAAGAAUGAACUGUUGCACUCCUUAU